AUUGUAUUGCAGUGUCAGUACUUGCUGUUUAAUUGUGCACGCACAUUACGCCUCGAAUAGUCCGUGGUAUUUACUAGAAUUUCAAGCAGGAUGCUAAUACCAACUUUAAAUUUAAACUAUUCACUUCUGAUACAAACUCUCGUCGGCGCUUUCGUGAUACUCGUCGUUUUAAUAAAGUUCUUCAACCGCGGAACGUACGCAAAAUUCGCGAAAAUGGACCGGAAAACCGUCAUCAUCACCGGAGGGAACGGUGGCAUCGGGAAAGAAACGGCCAAAGAAAUUGCCAGAAGAGGGGCGAGGGUGAUUUUGGCGUGUCGAAAUCUGGAAACUGCGAAAAAGGCUCGGGAUGAAAUUGUGGAACAGACGAAUAAUCAGGAUGUGGUUGUGAAAAAACUGGAUUUGUCGUCGCAGAAGUCGAUUCGAGAGUUCGCCGAGGAUAUUUUGAAGACGGAGGCUAAGUUAGAUGUUCUUUUGCAUAAUGCGGGGAUGGCUACUGAUAAGAUACAGAUGACGGAAGAUAAUCUUGAGCUGACGAUGGCCACUAACCAUUUCGGGCCGUUUUUAUUAACGCAUCUUUUGAUUGAUCUCCUCAAAAAGUCGGCCCCCAGCCGCAUCGUAGUCGUAGCCUCCGAACUCUACCGGCUUGUCUCUCUUAACCUCGACAACAUCAACCCAACAAGGUCAUGGUUCGUCCCACGUCUGUAUUACGUCUCAAAGUACGCAAAUAUCUGCUUUACCAAAGAACUGGCUCGCCGCCUCGACGAUACCGGGGUUACGGCAAACUGUGUACACCCGGGGCUCAUCAACACGGGCAUUUGGGACAGCGCUCCGGCUUGUUGCAGAUGGGCUGUGAGGCUUGUAGUUAAGGGUUUCUUCAAAACACCCGUGGAGGGGGCACAGACGAGCAUUUAUGUGGCUUGUUCUGAAGAAGUUGAAGGUGUUACGGGGAAAUACUUCGCGAACUGUAAGGAGAAAGGGGUCAGUAGAGGGGCUGACGAUGAAGAGAAAGCUAAGAAGUUGUGGGAGUUGUCGGAGGGGUUGGUUAAUUUGAGGCCUACCGAUCCGAAGAUAUGAAAAAGAGAUUAUGUACAAAUGUUCUUGUUAAUAUAUAUAGUUUGACAAAUAGGUGUAAUUUUUUUAUGUUAUAGUAUAUUGUUGUGUUCUGUAAACAAUUUGUUACGUAACAGAUGACUUGAACCGGUCUCUUGGUUCUACGCUGUAUUUAAUAUAAAUCAAUAAAUAAUUACAGGUGC